GAUGCGUCAACUUGCUCAGUCACCUCCGAGCCGCCGCCGUAUCCGGUGGUCCUUGUUCACACACACACACUGACAGACAGCUAGCAGCCAGCAGCCAGCAUGGCAGACAAGACGUUCACGCGAGCGGAGGUGGCGGCGCUGGGCGGCACGUGCUUCGUGAUCGACAACGUGGUGUACGACGUGGCGGCGUUCCUGGACGAGCACCCGGGCGGGCACGAGGUGCUGCAGGAGGCGCGGGGGGGGGACGCCUCCGAGCAGUUCAGCGACAUCGGCCACAGCCUGGACGCCAAGGAGCUGAUGAAGAAGUACGCGAUCGGCGCGGUGGCGGCGGCCGAGCGGGUGGAGCGCGCGCCGCGGCAGCUGCACUGGGAGCAAGACCAUAAGCAGGAGUCCUCGGGGCUCGGCUGGAAGCUGCCCGUGCUGCUGGGGCUGCUCGCCACACUGCUCUACUCCUACCUGCUCGCCUAGCCCCCCGCGCCCCGCCGCGCCCCCCGGUCACCCUCACAGACUGCUUCAUUACAGUUACGUAAUGGCCAAUUAAUGAAAUGAUAAAAGUGUGUUCUGUUCAAUGUCAAGAGAUUAUGAUGGUUGAACUAGGUUUUAGAAUAACAAUAUGGAUUCAUAAGUGUAAAUACUAAAGUGGUUUCUACGAGAAUUGUGUACUUAGGUGUAGUCUAGCCUUGCAGUGUUUGGUACUAUGCACUUGAUGUAACUGCUAUCUACCUACUGCCUAGUAGUACUCAACUACUAGAGUAUGAAGUAAAUAGUGAGUGAUGGCUAAGCUAUUACAUACUGUGUUUAAUUAAAUCGUGUAUAUAUCACUAAGUAUGUGUGUUUCGUACGACAAUAAGUUAUUUUUUAUAAUAUACUUGUGUUGUGUGUAACUAAUAAAAUUAUGUAGGUAUAUUCAUACACCUAUUAAAGAUGACGAGGCAUUGUAAAAUAUAU